GCGUUUGCUCCAGAACUUUGUCGAGUGGCUGGCGUCGAUGAGCAUCUAUUUGCACUAAAACGCUCGAGGAACGAUCAUGGCAUCAUAUCAUCCAUUGCCACCUCUGAGUUCUCCGGAGCUGUCCAACUUUUCCAGGGCUAUCACCGCUCUCGCCUUCGAUCCCGUGUCCGAUGUUCUCUGGACUGGCGCGGAAGACGGUGUGGUGUCUACGUAUUAUGGGCAUAGAGGCCUGCGAGGUGUCUCUUUCCCGGUCUGUAAAGAUGCUCCAGUGUCCAAGAUUGUGGCUGGAGAUAGUCAAGUGAACGCGUUUUGCAUGGGAAGCAACGGAGUCGGUUCUUGGGCCAAGGGAGGACAGAAUAAAUGGUUUUUCACAGCCCCAUCCAAUAUAGCGGCAUUCUCGAACACAUACCACUCUUCACAUUCUAUCGCAGUUUCUUUGACGACAUUGGAACUGCUCUUUUUAAACAGCAUGACAGGAAGGACAGUGCGACAGAUUCCGACAAGCUCCAUGUUGACCCACCUACUUUUUUCCCAUUCGUCCCUCAUCUCUGGCUCCGCCGAUGGAUACAUUCGGAUUCAUGACCCACGAACCGGCGUCACCAAAAACGGGGCGUCAGAAAGUCUCGUCAAAGCACAUAUUGGCGCUAUCUCCGGCCUUCAGGCUACAAGCAAUUUUAUCUUCAGCAUCGGCAUGGGGGAGAGGCAUGCGAGGCCGUUUCCCGAUCCGUUAGUGAAAGUAUACGAUUUGAGGACAAUGCGAGCGCUCCCGCCAAUUCCGUGUUCCUCCGGGCCAGCCCUCAUACAUGUGCUUCCCAAACGUUCUUCUAGCAUUGCGGUCGCAUCUGCGCAAGGUCUGAUAAACAUUGUUGAUGCGUCAAACCCUUCCGCUGCUGGAGAAUUCUACCAGUUGGACGUGCCUUCAUACCUCACCUCUUUUGCCAUAUCCCCGACCGGCACAUAUAUUGCCUGUGGAGAUGCCGACGGACUAGUUCAUCUUCUCUCGCAAGCUGAGGAUGCUUCCCUUCCGUUCAAUGGUUUCGAUGGCCAGCCUACUCCGUGGAUGGACACUCCUGCCCCCAUUCCCGAGAUCGAUUGGCAGGAUGAUACACCACUCAACUCGAUUGGCCUUCCCUACUACGAGACGCCGUUGCUAUCGGCAUGGUCUCCAGUGGUUGCAACUGCCCCUUACUUCCCUCCGCCGCAGAGGAUCCCCCCUCAAGUCCUCAACUCAAUCAAGACAAAUGACAACAUUGCAUAUGCCCCACUGCCAAAGGAACUUCGGGGAAGACGGAAUCUAGCUAUUGCUGCACCCAAGAAAGAAAACGCUCGAUUCCGAAGUGGAAAGGGUAGAAAGGAGUCUGGUUCUGACACUACCAUUCUCGAUGACAUCCACAUCCCUGAGUUUUAUCGGAAAGUCGAAAUCGAGUACUCCAAGUUCGGCGUCGAGGACUUCGACUUCGGGUUCUACAACCAAACCCAGUUCAGCGGCUUGGAAACGCACAUCCUCAAUUCCUACACCAACUCCCUCGUUCAAGUCCUUCACUACAUUCUCCCCAUUCGCCAACUCGGGAAGUCACAUAUCACGACCGACUGUUCAAGGGAACACUGCCUUCUUUGUGAACUCGGCUUCGUUUCCCGCAUGCUGGAAGAUGCCAAAGGGACGAAUUGCCAAUCGAGCAAUUUCUGUCGGACGGUUGGAGUGCUGGCUCACAAUUCUAAUGCUAUUGAACUCGUCGACUUCGGACGGGAAACCUCCGAAGUUGACUAUGCACAUAAGAUUCAGAUAUUCCACCGCUUCCUCAUUGACCACCUCAGUUCGGAAGGCAACUCUUUCCCUUAUAAUCCCUUACUGCUCAAGCCUACUGCUGCAAACCAUGGCGAACUGGCACCAGCGCCGAUCACCCAACUUAUUGGUGUCGAUGCCAAAAACAUUAUAGUUUGCUCAAGCUGCAAAGCCGUUCGCGAGAAGGACAACAUGACGCAUGUAAUCGACCUUAUCCACCCUCGAAAGGAUACCACCACUGCCCCAGACUUUGCGGCGAUACUUCGAUCAUCGCUUCUCCGGAGUAUGACGCACAAGGCAACUUGCCAAUCUUGCAAGCACUUCGCUACAUUCACAUCCCAACGCUCGAUACCCUCUAGCGACCUUCCGCCCAUCCUUGCACUGAACGCGGCUGUGUAUAACGAUGAGAAUAUUGAAUAUUGGUUGGAUUCCAAAGCAGGUCCUUUCCUGAAACCUCAAGUACAAGUGUCCGGGCAGCUAGGCGACAUGGACGAUCCCCAGGUCGUCACCUAUGAGAUCAGGUGCCUUGUUGUCAAAAUUACGACCAAAGGGAAGCAAUCCCAUUUGGUUGCUCUCGUGAAGCUUCCCCCCGAGGAGAACGAUGGGAUUGAAGGCUCUUGGCUAAUCUUUAACGAUUUCAUGGUUCCUGCCAUUAUCUACAUGGAAAGGGUAGAUUUGCGAGGCAGAUUGGAUCUGAGCAAUCUUCUCCCAGCGGGCGACCCAAGUAUCCUAACUCGAGAUACAUCGAUAUCGCAGAACCGGGAUCAGGGAUCUAUCCGCCACCAGCUACUGACUCCAGACGAAUUGCCGAAGCCAGGAACUCUGGUGGCCAUCGACGCUGAAUUUGUGUCGAUGCAACAGGAAGAAACAGAGAUCCGGUCUGACGGCGCGAAGAAAGUCUUAAGACCAGCGAGACUGAGCUUGGCUCGAGUGUCUGUACUUCGAGGGGACGGGCCCAAGCGGGGCAUUCCCUUCAUCGACGACCACAUUCACACGAGCGAGGUCAUCGUGGAUUAUCUGACCGAAUAUUCAGGGAUCCGAUUCGGGGAUCUCGAUCCCAUGCUCUCUAGGUAUACUCUGACACCUCUGAAGGUUGUUUACAAGAAGUUACGCGCACUUGUCGACUGCGGAUGCAUUUUCGUUGGUCACGGCCUCUCCAAGGAUUUCAGGAUCAUCAAUAUCUUCGUGCCUCCGGAACAGGUGAUCGACACUGUAGACUUAUACUUUGUCAAGUCAAGACAGCGGCGGUUAUCCCUUCGUUUCCUGGCGUGGUUCGUUCUGAAAAAGCACAUCCAGACCGACACCCACGACUCCAUCGAGGACGCGCGUUCGGCAUUGGAUUUAUACCACGCAUAUCAAGAAAUGGAGGAAGAAGGGGUGUUUGAUGCGAAACUGGACGAGAUCUACAAGGAAGGGAGGCAAUACAACUUCAAGCCGCCAGUCGUAGAGGGAUCUGCAUCACCUAUCUUAUCUUCGCCAGGUAUCACCCACUCGGUUGCACAGAGCUACGUGGAACACAGCAGUCCCAUGCAUAUGGCAUUCCAUCCGGGUCAGCACGCCGUGUAUCCCCCAAGCAAAUCGUGGCGCAGUUGA